ACGUUUUUGUUUUUUAUUGUAAAGGUAUUUUACUUUUGUAAAAUCAGUGGAUAAUGUUAAUUUAGAUACUGCAAAUCUUUUUGAAUUUGAAAAUGGAAGAAAGUUCUAAUAAGAUUAUAAACAAAAAAAAUAAUAGAAAAAGGAAAAAGUCAUUUUUAAAGAAUGCUAGAAAAUACGCCAAAAAAGGACAUUUUGGAAGAGGUUCCCAAUUGGAUUCAGAUACUUAUCACUAUUUUGUGAAAAUUUUGGAAACAUUCAAAGAUGGAUUUGAUUCAGAAGAGGAUAAAAAAGUUUUUGCAAAUAAUGUUUUUGAACAAACUAAAGAUCAAGAAAUUAAUUGUUGUUGCAAUCAAGUUGGUUGCAGAGUUAUAGAACUGUUAUUACCAUAUGCAAAUAAUGAUAUUGUGAAACAAUUUCUAGAUGUAUUUAGUGAAGAUAUAAGACCAUUGAUAAGUGAUAGAUUUGCGAGCCAUGUGUUAGAAUGUCUUGUGUCUGAAAGUUGUAAAAGAACUUUUAUAGAAAACACACCACAGGAAAUGAGGCUUGUUUACCAAAAUUUUGCCAUAAAAGUUAGUAAAUUUUUGUUGAAUAAUUUAGAGGAUUAUAUGUGGGACACUUAUGGAAAUCACGUUAUUAGAAGCUGCCUUAUUCAUUUAAUACAAUUACCAACUGAUAAUAGUAACACUGAUAAACAAGAUAUUGUAAUUCCAAAUGAAUUUUCAGAUAUUGUUAAAGAAUAUGGUGAGAGAAUUAUAAGUUGGCCCCAAUUUGAACAGUUAUGCAUGUCUGACUUGACUUCUGGUUUCUUACAAGUUCUAAUGAAAUGUUUAAAAAAUACGGAUCCAAAAUUGUUAAAAUCUUAUUCGAAAAAAUUACUAGAAGUUUUCAAUAUGAACAGCCAAGAGGACAAACCCAAACAUUUACCUUCAGCUUUUGGAUCUCAAUCAGUUGUAAUGCUAUUAGAAACUUGUCUUCAGCUGGUAAAUUCCAAAUUAUUUAUGCAGCUGUAUAAUUCCUGCUUUUCUGGAAAUUUAGUUGAGUUGUCAACCAUAAAAAUGACAAAUUUUGCCGUUCAGAAACUGAUACAACAUUGUCAGGAAAAAGAACACUUUGAAGGAAUUUAUGAUGAAUUGGUAGAUAAUUUUCCAGCUAUUAUUGAAGUAGGUCAUUCAGGAAUUUUAUUAUCAUUAUCUGAAGCAUGUAAAAAAUUUAGGACCAGGCAAGGAAGUUUUGUACAGCAAUUGAUGAAAGCAUUAGAUUGUUUUGAACCUGAAGAAAGGCAAAAUAGCCUCAUAUUAUGUUUAUGCAGAUUUACUACAUAUGAAAAUAAUCUUAAAAAAGCAAUUGAAAAUUUACAAAAAGAGAAAUUAAAUUUGCAUGGUACUUUAAUUCUACAAAAGUUAUUAGACUAUAAUAAACCCAUUAAAAUAGUGAAUGCAUUAUUAAAUUUAGAUCAAAAUGUGUUGCUAAAUCUAUUUUCCAAUACUAUGGGUAGUCAUGUUGUUGAUUCUUAUGUAAGAGGAGAAUUCGUUGGAGAAAAGAGCAGAGAAAAAUUAGUGAGAAAAAUGAUGGGUGUAUACAAAGAUCUUGCUUCUAGUAAAUUUGGUUCUAGGAGUUUUGAAGCAUUAUGGAAUGUUGCAAAUUUAAAAUGCAAGUUACAAAUUAUUGAAGAAUUAUCACACAAAGAUGCAAGUUGGGUAAAUUCAGAAUUUGGGAAAAUCAUUUCCAAUAAAAUUAAUUACUUGCUUUAUAAGAGAAAUAAAGAAGAAUGGAAGAAUUCUUUGAAUAAAUCAAAGGAAAAUAAGAAAGAACAAUUACUAGCCAAAGUAUUGAACUAGAUUUGUAUAUUGUCAAUUGGUUUUAUUUGUUUUGCUGAAUUAUAUAAAUUUAAGUAAAUAUAUUUUAUUUCAACUUUUUCCAACAGCAACAAGUUUGAUUCUUAAGGGCAGGUAGCUUAUCCAGGCACAAUUCCUGAAUAGUAUUCAUUUAAUUUCCCUUGUUUUAAAGGUAUGAUCUAGUUUUUUGUGACUAGAUAAAUGGGACAUUUAAAUAUAUUCCAUUUUAUUGAACACAUUUGUUGACCUUUUAAUGUUCAUAUCAAAAUUGCUCAUUUUAAGUUUGAGCUUACUAUAUUCACAGUUUCAGUAAUAUGUGGCGAAGAUAAUAUUAAUUCACUUUCACUAGAUAUGUCCAAUUUUAUGCUUUAUUUAUAUUUCACAUUUGGUAAUAUACUUGUUUUAUCAUGUAACUGAAACACAAGGACUUCAUUGUUAUGAAAAUGAAUUCAUUAACUUGUGCACCAAUAAAAUUUAAAAUAUAACACUUAACUAGCAAUACACUCACUGCAAUUCUAACAUUACAUCGAUAACUGGGAGCAUUUCUGAAUGGCUUUCAUCUGCUGUGUUGUGGCCUUGUCAAUGUCAGAAAUGCUUUUAGAUGUUUCUCUUUGGACACAUUUUUUAUUUAUUUUUGGAUAAAGCCAAAACUUGCAGAGUGCUAAAUCUAGCGGUUAAGGCAGAGGUAGUGGAUAGAUUUUAGCAGCAUUUUUGAAGUUGUAUGUUUUGCGAUAGACAGAUGUUUAUCUCCAUAUAUAUUGAUAUGGAUAUAAGCAUACUGCUGAUAAAAAAAUGUAUUCACUAUAUAUUUUAUUACAUCUUACAUUAUAUGUAAAUUUACUUUAAUAAUAUUGAUAUGGUUAUAGGGAUAUAUUUUUUGGGCCAGGGGGGAAAAUAAAUGUAACAAAAUUAGAAAAAUCAACUUUUAUUAAACAUUGUACUUAAAAUAGAA